AUGGAGAAGAGCCAGAAAUGGCACACAGAGAGGAAGGAAAACAUUGCUGGUACUUCCCUUAAAAUUGACAUUCUGGGAGGAAUGGACCAAUCAGAAGACGGGGCCACAGGGACAAAGUAUCUGUCUUACAUGAGAAGACCAGGAGCAGAAAAAAUUUCCCAGAGAGGCGGGGUCUUCCCGUCAGUCAUCCCGUCCGUCCGUCCGGUUCGCGGCUCCUUCCCGGGACCGAGGUUGGUUGGGGCCGCGGCCGCAGCGAAUCGCGAGGGAAGAUGGCGCCGCCGGCGGAGGAGCGGGGGCUGGAAGAGCGUCGUGUGGCAGAAAAUAAAAACAACAGUACUUGAUGACUGUAAGAAGGAGGGAGAAUGGAAGAUAAUGCUUUUAGAUGAAUUUACCACAAAACUUUUGGCAUCAUGCUGCAGAAUGACAGAUCUUCUAGCAGAGGGUAUAACUGUUGUGGAAAAUAUUUAUAAGAAUCGCGAGCCUGUCAGACAUAUGAAAGCACUUUUUAUCACUCCAACGUCAAAGUCUAUAGAUUGUUUUUUACGUGACUUCUCAAGUAAAUCAGAGGGCAAAUACAAAGCAGCGUAUAUAUACUUCACUGACUUUUGCCCUGACAGUCUCUUUAACAAAAUUAAGUCUUCCUGUUCCAAGUCAAUAAGGAGAUGUAAAGAGAUAAAUAUAUCUUUCUUUCCACGUGAGUCUCAAGUAUUUACUCUUGACAUACCAGAUGCAUUCUAUCAUUGUUACAGUCCAGAUGCAGGCAGUACCAAUGGCAAAGAUGCCAUUAUGGAAGCCAUGGCUGAGCACAUAGUUACUGUGUGUGCCACUUUGGAUGAAAAUCCUGGAGUCAGAUAUAAAAGCAACCCUUUAGAUAAUGCCAGAAAACUUGCUGAACUAGUUGAAAAAAAACUCGAAAACUACUACAAGAUUGAUGAAAAAAGCCAAAUAAAGGGUAAAACUCAUUCCCAGCUUUUAAUAAUUGAUCGUGGCUUUGACCCAGUGUCCACUGUACUUCAUGAACUAACCUUCCAAGCAAUGGCAUAUGAUCUGCUACCAAUUGAGAAUGAUACAUACAAAUAUAAAACAGAUGGGCCUAAUGGAAAAGAGAAGGAGGCAAUCCUUGAGGAGGACGAUGAUCUUUGGGUCCGAAUUCGACAUCGGCAUAUUGCAGUUGUGUUAGAAGAAAUCCCCAAGCUUAUGAAAGAAAUUUCAUCAACAAAGAAAGCAGCAGAAGGAAAGACAUCCCUUAGUGCUCUUACCCAGCUGAUGAAAAAGAUGCCCCAUUUCCGCAAGCAGAUCACCAAGCAAGUGGUACAUCUUAACUUGGCGGAAGAUUGCAUGAAUAAAUUCAAGCCAAACAUAGAAAAGCUGUGCAAGACAGAACAGGACCUGGCUCUUGGAACUGAUGCAGAUGGACAGAAGGUGAAAGAUUCAAUGCGAGUGCUUCUUCCAGUUUUACUCAACAAAAAUCAUGACAAUUAUGAUAAAAUAAGAGCUAUCCUACUUUACAUCUUCAGUAUUAAUGGAACUACGCAAGAAAAUUUGGACAAGCUGGUCCAGAAUGUAAAGAUAGAAAAUGACAGUGACAUGAUCCGUAACUGGAGUUACCUGGGUGUUCCGAUUGUUCCUCAAUCUCAACAGGGCAAACCAUUGAGAAAGGAUCGCUCUGCAGAAGAAACUUUUCAGCUCUCUCGAUGGACACCUCUUAUCAAGGACAUUAUGGAGGAUGCCAUUGAUAACAGGCUGGCAAAGGAAUGGCCCUAUUGUUCCCAGUGCCCUGCAGUAUGGAAUGGCUCAGGAGCUGUGAGUGCUCGUCAGAAACCCAGAACUAAUUACUUAGAGGAUCGAAAGAAUGGCUCAAAGCUGAUUGUCUUUGUGAUAGGAGGAAUUACAUAUUCUGAGAUGCGCUGUGCUUAUGAAGUUUCUCAGGCACACAAAUCUUGUGAAGUUGUUAUUGGGUCUACUCAUAUUCUGACACCCAGAAAGCUGUUGGAUGAUAUAAAGAUGUUGACCAAAACCAAGGAUAAAGUCUCCUUUACUAAAGAAGAAUGAGAUUUUCUGCUUGAGAAAUCUUAUCUACACCUUUAACUAAAAUGUACUAAGGAAACAUUGCUGUUCUAUAAUAUAAAUCCUGUCAUAUAAUUUAAAUUAUGUAAAUAUGUGUAUCCAAUAACUUUCUAAGACUGUUUCUUAGGGGCUUUUUCCAAAAUAAUUUAAGUACUGCUGCUCUUUAGCUAUAGAGAUCAGGUAAGAUGUAAAAAUGCUUCCUAAAAUGGAAAACUUUUCAUCCUUGAAAUCAUGUUGGACUUGAGAGUGAAUUUUCAUAACCGCCUGUGUAUAUGUUAAUGACUUAAUCAGAGUAAUCUAUGCAGAAAUUUAGUUUUUGAAGGGAAAGGAGUGAGAUUUUAAAAAGGCCUAGAUAAUAAAAGGUUGGAGAGGUUAUGCUGUAAAUUUAUGUGGUAAUAUGAUUUCCUGUGAAUGCAAAUCUCAUUUGACUAAAAUUUGGAAUAAAAUAAAUCACUGAAAUCAUUUUGUAGAAAAAAAAUCUCACAGUGUCUGUCUGGAAAAUACUAAGGUUAAUUAAGUUGUACACAAUUUUGAAAUCAUGUUUAAGUAGGAAAGGGAAGGAGAAAAAUAAUCAUGGAAAGAGAUAAUAAAAUAAACCUUUACUUUUGAGACAUGGUAUCUUUGUGUAUCACUACUUUUGCAUUGAAAUAGGGUUAACCUACAUUAUCAGUUGUCAUUUAAAGUUAAAUGCCUACAAAUUAAAUCCUCCAAAAACCUAAAGGUUCAAGUAUGUUUGCAAGUGUGUUGUCCUUAAACUCUAAAAAUUAGUUAUUUGGAAUCUUUACUAAGAUAUUCGUAACUUAUGUUGGUUGGAUCAACCCAUUUUGUCCCCUUUUUUGUAGAUGUGAAAAACAUCAUGGUUUAUUUUGGGGGGCAGAGGGAUGGGGGAGUUGGGAAGGGGAAGUUUUAACUAGAACUGCAGAGCGUCUUCCUCAGUAAAAUGAGAGGGUCUGACUUAAUGACCUCUGAUUCCUUUUCCCAAUAAUAAGUAUGUAUCAAGCAUCAUGUCCCAGACAUUGUGCUAGAUGGUAUAAAAAGAGAAAUAAUCCUUUCCCUCAAGGAGCUUACAUUUUUUUUGGAGAGAGAUGCCCUUACACAAAAAAGAAUACAAAGUAUUAAUUUUUACACAAUUGUUAUUUUGUAUAUGAUUGCAUACAAAAUAAACACAAGGUAAUUUGCAGGAAAGAUAGCCCAAGUAGCUGGGGGGAAUUAGGAAAGACUUUGCUUGGAAUGGGGAACUUGAGCUGAGCUUAAUGGGAAACCUGGGGUUCUAACAGGUGGAGGAGGUGAGGAGGAAGAGCAUCCCUGGUAUGUGGUAGGCAGCCUGUGAAGAGCUGGGCCCAGGAAAUGACUGAUGUAUGUGACAGAGCAAAAA